AUGGAGUUCGUGGGGAGAAAGGUGAAGAAAGAGUUUGAAGGGCACGGUACAUUCUUCGGUUCCGUCGAAUCAUUUGACCCUUCAACUGGGUUUUUCAAGAUCCUGUACGAGGACGGCGAUUCCGAGGAAUUGGACUUGAAUGAAAUUAGUUCUGUCUUGGUGUCUCCUGAGGGACUGGAAUUGGCUCGGGAAGCGCAGCCUUCCUCCGUGAAGGAGCCCACCAGAAGGCUUGGCCGCAAGCCUAGGAAGCGGAGCCACAUAAAUACAGGUAAAAUCGGCAUUUCAGUAUUUGAGAGUGGUGUUUCUGGUAAUUUUGGUGGGGGUUCUGGGGAAAUGGAAUUGAAUGCGGCUGGUUUUAAUUUGAAUGAAGGGUUGGAUUUAAAUGACGAUGGGUUUAAUAAUUUGAAUGAUGAUGACGAGAGGAAUUUGGGUAAUAAUUGUGGUGGUGGUGGGGCUAAGCUGCAAGGUGUGGAUUUGAAUGAAGCCGUGAAUUUGGAGUUGAGGAAUGAGGGUAUGGAUUUCAAUGAAGGGGUUUCAGACGAUAGGUUGGGUAAAAGGAAAGAAAUAAUUGAUUUGAAUUUGGAUGUAAAUGAAGAUUCUGAGAAUUUUAGUCCAGAGAACAAAAGGGUUUGUUUUGACUUGAAUUUUGGGUUAUCAGAGAAUGAGAUUAGGAAUUCAGAUAACAUACCGGGACAGUUUAGGGAAAAUGAAAAAUUCUGUGCAGAAGAAAAGAAGCCGGAGAGGGAAGAGAUUGGUGGGGAUGAUAAGGUUAUUUUAUUUAAUGUGAAUGGUGAAAAUGGAAAUGAGAAUAUAGAUUUAGAAAAAAUAGGCGUAUCGGCAGAAAACUGUGCCGGCAGAGUUGAUUUUGAAAAUGAGGUUCCAGUCAGCGCGCCAAGGGGCAGAAGGGGUAGGAAGAGAAGAGGGGUCUCGGAAGACAAUAUUAACUUGGAUGUGCCAGAGAUGGUAACCAUGGAUAGGGGAAAUGGAAAUGUGAAUAUAAACUCAAAAAACAACUACGAAAACCCACUGGAAAGUGGCAGUGGUGUACUUGAUUAUGAUAAACAAGUUCCUGGAAGUGCGCCAGGAGGGAGAAGAGGUAGGAAGAGAAGAGAUGUAUCUAAUAAUAAUCCUACAUCUGCUACACCAGAAACGGGAUUGAGAAGGAGCAAUCGCAGAGUGAAAAGGGAUUCAUUUUCUGGUCAAGAUCACGUUUUUAAUACAGUAGGGUUAGACAGAGUCCCUGAUCAGCUGUCCUCUCCAGUGAUUAGCUCAGUUUGUGAGGAAAAGAUUGAACUGUUGUGUCGUAAAAGAUCUGAGGAAGAUGUUCUUCCGCCAAAGGUGGAGUUGCCACCUUCUUCCGGAAAUUUGGAUAUAAAUGGAGUUUCUGCAUUUGACAUUCUUUCUGUUUAUGCAUUCUUGAGGUCUUUCAGUACUUCACUGUUUCUAAGCCCAUUUGAGCUGGAUGAUUUUGUGGCAUCUGUGAAAUGUAACAAUUCUACAUUAUUGUUUGAUUCCAUUCAUGUUUGUCUUUUGCAAACAUUACGGAAGCAUUUGGAGUUGCUUUCCAAUGAAGGUGAUAUGUCUGCGUCUAAUUGUCUCAGGUCUCAUAAUUGGGAUUUGCUGGACUUGAUCACAUGGCCCAUGUUUGUUGUUGAGUAUCUGUUAGUGUACAGUUCUGGAUACGUCCCUGGUUUUGAUCUCUGUCACUUGAAGCUUUCUCAGAGUGACUAUUACAAACUACCCAUGUCGACAAAGAUUGAGAUACUGCGGCGCCUUUGUGAUGAUGCGAUGGAUGUAGAAUCCAUCAGAUCAGAGAUAAAUAGAAGGACAUUGGCAACAGAACGUCAAGUGGAUUUUGAUCGGACUAUGAAGUCAGACAGCUCCAAGAAAAGAAAGGCUGCGAUAGAUGUCGCUAGCAGUUCUUGCAUCACAGAGGAGGACGUUGGAGAAACUGCAGAUUGGAACAGUGAUGAGUGCUGCCUUUGUAAGAUGGAUGGGAACUUAAUAUGUUGUGACGGUUGUCCUGCGGCAUUUCAUUCCAGAUGCGUAGGAGUUGUCAGCAGCUGCUUGCCAGAGGGGGAUUGGUAUUGCCCUGAAUGUGCAAUUAACAAGGAUAAGCCUCUGAUGAAAGUGGAGAAGUCUAUUCGAGGAGCAGAAUUGUUGGGAAUGGAUCCUUACGGCCGACUAUAUUAUAGCAGCUGCGGUUAUCUGUUGGCGUCAGAGUUAUGCAACGAUGAAUACUCAUUUUUGUACUACCAUAAAAAUGAUUUACCCGCCCUUAUAGAUGCACUACAGUCAUACCCAUUUGUGAAUGACACAAUAAUAACUGCUAUUAGUAAGCAUUGGAAUGUCACUCAUGGGGUUGAUGGGUCAAAAACUGAUUUGGAUGCUCGGUCCUUCUCUAUACAAUCUCCUUUUCCUAUAAAAGGGCCGCUGUCUCAUAUGCUUCCUACACCUUCAGAACUACAUAUCAAAGAUGUUGUUACGGAGAGAAAGUCGGAAGAAAACUCCAUUUUCUCUACUUACCCUAAUAGCAUAGAACCUGAGGUUCCUGACUGUGUCAAUAUGAUGUUGGAGACUGAUAACCAUGGGACAAAGAUGGAAAACCGAUUGGCAAGUUCUGAAGGAUCAGCCGAAGUCUCCCAAGCAGCGAUUAACACUGAUAUUAAGGAAAGCGGGCAGGAGUGUUCAAAAAGAGGCAUUGGGAUAUCAUCAUAUGAUUCUGAUAUUCCACCAAAGGUUGUGAAUGCUGGAAACCAUUAUUUAACAGCUACUACCUUAGAAGUCGAACAAAAAAUGAAUCUCAUUUCUGCAAAUCAUGGCCAUGCACUAUCCAUCACAAAACCUAGCGAAGUUAUGCCUGAAGUGCAUUGUGGGGAAAAUUAUGUUAACUUUUAUGAAUUUGCCCGGACAGCAUCAUCAGUUGUUGAAGAGUUAAUGCGUAAAUCAUCAGAUAAGACAUCUGAGAAAAUCAUAAGAUCAGAGGAAGAGGUUAUUACUGGGCAGCUGAAGGUUAUAUCAAGUAAAUUUGCUUAUUUACGCUGGCCAAAUAUUCAUAGUUUGAUUGCAAACAAUAGGAAAGAAAAAUGUGGGUGGUGCUUCACUUGCCAAGGUCCUGAAGAGGAAAGGGACUGCUUAUUCAUUAUAAAUGACAAUGGUCCAGCUGUCGAAAACUUUACGAGUGAGGUUUUAGGUAUUCAGUCUAGAAAGAACAGGAACAGUCAUCUUAUUGAUGUCAUGUGCCAUAUUAUUUGCACUGAAGAUCGUCUACAGGGGCUUUUGUUGGGCCCAUGGUUAGAUCCUCAUUAUUCUGAGGUUUGGCGUAAAAGCGUUCUUGGAGUGUCUGAUGUUGCUUCAUUGAGAAGUUUUCUGCUCAAGCUAGAGUCAAACUUGCAUCUUCGAGCUCUUUCAGCAGAUUGGCUAAAGUACGUGGAUUCUGUUCCUACGAUGGGUUCUGCUUCUCAUGUUGUGAGGAAUUCUGUACGCGUGUCUACAAAACAUGGAAUUGGAAGGAACAGAGCAAGGUGUUUGGAGCUGGAUACAACUUCAUCUUCAAGUUCUGCAAAUGGGUUGAGCUUAUUUUGGUGGAGAGGUGGGAGGAUUUCGCGUCAGCUGUACAAUUGGAAGGUUUUGCCUCGCUCCUUAGCUUCCAAAGCUGCCCGACAAGGUGGAUGCAAGAAGAUACAAGGCAUCCUUUACCCUGACAGUGGAGAAUACGCAAAAAGGAGUAAAUGUGUUGCCUGGCGAGCUUCUGUUGAGACAUCAAGAAGCGUGGAACAGCUUGCUCUCCAGGUUAGAGAGCUUGAUGCAAAUAUCAGAUGGGAUGACAUUGGAAACCCGAACCUUGUAUCAAAGACGGACAAGGAGUCCAAAAAGUCAGCCAAAUUAUUCAAAAAGGUUACUAUACGUAGGAAGUGCUCCCAGGGAUCGGUGGUUAGGUAUCUUCUUGAUUUUGGCAAGAGAAGAUUUAUCCCCGAUAUUGUUGUGAUACAUGGAUCCAUGCUUGAAGAUUCCUCUAGUGGAAGGAAGAAAUAUUGGCUGGAAGAGUCUCACGUUCCAUUACAUCUCUUGAAAAUGUUUGAAGAGAAAAGAAUUGCUCGCAAAUCCAAUAAGACGUGUUCUGGAAAACUUUGUGAGAGCAGUAUGGUAACUAAUAAACCCUUCAAGGAAAAGGGAUUUUCAUACCUUUUCUCGAGAGCGGAGAGAUUGGAGAAUUAUCAGUGCGGGCACUGUAACAAAAAUGUUCUCAUCAGGGAAGCAGUGAGUUGCCAGUACUGCAAAGGCUUUUUCCAUAAAAGGCAUGCAAGGAAGUCUGCUGGCUCCAUCAUCUCUCAGUGUACAUAUACAUGCCAUAAAUGCCUCGAUGGGAUGUCCGUAAAAAUAGGCACUAAGAAGGGGAAGUCUGAGCCACCAAAAGGUAAGAAAGUAUCAAAAUUAUUGAAGCCGUUGGGCUCCAGAAAAGGGAAAAAGUUGUGCAAAGGCAGGCAACGAGUGCAAGCACAAAAGAAUAAAAAGGUUCAACUGGUUGUACCCCUGCGCCGUUCUGCCAGGCAUGCUAAACCUGUCGUAAAGACAUCCUUGCUUGAUACCAAGAUUAAAAAACAGAAGAAAAGAAAACAAGCUAAAUCAAAAAAAGAAAAAUUGAAGAAGCCAGACAAACUGAAGAAGCCAAAAAAUAGUUGUUGGCAGAAGAAGAGAACCCCGGUCAGUUAUAGUUACUGGUUGAAUGGCGUUCAAUUGUCAAGAAGGCCAAAUGAUGAAAGGGUGAUGCUUUUUAGAAGUAAAUUGCUUCUUGUCCUUUCUGGAGAGUCGCCUUCCGUCGCCUGUACACCAAAAUGCAGUCUUUGUGGUGAAUUAGAAUUCAAAUCUGAGCUUAAUUAUGUUUCUUGUGAAAUUUGUGGAGAUUGGUUUCAUGGAGACGCUUUUGAUCUCAAAGCUGUUAGAGUUGAAAAGCUCAUCGGGUUUAAGUGCCAUAAGUGUCUCAAUAAGAGCUCUCCAGUUUGCCCCUAUGUUUGUGCUAUUGGAAGCAGCAAAGCUGCCCUUUUCCCAGAAAUUAAUGUGGAGCCUGACUGCACCGGGAAAGAAUCUACUUGUCUAUCCCUCUUGGAUGAAACAUUUGCAGAUCAGAAACUACAGUCAAAUGAAAUAUCUAAUGAUCUGUUUUUUAUUGAUGGCAAUCAUGAGAAGCAAUCAUCAGUGCCAAUUCUUGAUUCAAACCAGAUACAUGCAAGUGAUGCAAAAGUAGGACUUUUAACUACUACGACAGAGGAGAAAACGGCAGGUGUCAACUUCAGCGAGGAAGGAAAACCACCUGAUGAAUUGGUACCAACGGAAGACCUUGCUGGAAGCUGA